AUGAAAUUAGCUUUGGAUACGGCGACUUUUCAAGCCAUCCACUAUACCUACCACAAACAUAUUUGUGGAUUCCACGUUGGCGCUUCCGCCAGUAUCCACACGGACACAAAUCCUUCACUUGCCGUUGACGAAGUUAUUACGAGCUUGCGUCCAUGGCAAACUGAAUACGCAGGAUCAAAGUUGCGUCUGCGAUUUGGGAUGGGGUGGACCGAAUUGUCUGACGCGAAUUUGCCUAAAUGGAGGAACAACACUCCCAGACAACACUUGCGGUUGUAUUCCCGCCAAAUAUGGCGGCGAAUUUUGCCAGAUAAGCUUGCCAAGCUGUUCCUCAUCACCCCAGUUACCGUACCUCGCAAACGAGGUGGCGUCACUUAUCUUGGUGGUUGA